AUGAGGAUUAAUGAGAAAAUCGGUAAACGACAUGCCAUACAAGAGGCAACGGCGUCGGAGCCGUUGACCAUGGAGGAAGAAUACGAGAACCAGCAGUCGUGGCGGGAGUCUCACGACAAGCUGACGUUCAUCCUCUGCAAACCAAUCGCCACUAGCGAUAUUCCCGUUUCAUCUGUCCAGGCAGGACAUGUCGACAGCCCUGACAAGAUGAUCGGUGAUAUCAACUUCUUCCUGUACCCCUGGGACGACGAGCCCGAGGACGACGGUGCGGAUGCAAGCGGUGCUCCUCCCGGCUACUGCGUCGGGGAGAUCGACAUCAUGGUUGCAUCCCAGAAUGACCGCGGUAAGGGACUAGGCAAGGCCGCCGUAUCAACCUUCAUGCACUACAUCUGGUCGAACCGAGCGGCUAUCCUGCGUGAGUACCAAGCCGCGGUGCAGCCUGAGCUCAAGCUCCUCAUGGCCAAGAUCAAGGCGACGAACGCGCACAGCAUCUCCCUCUUCAAGAACCUGGGAUUCAAACAGGAAGGGGAUGUCAACUACUUUGGUGAGGUGAAGCUUGUGCUGCAGGAUCUCGACCGCCUAGCUGCGCCUCCUGAUGGGUACCGAGUGGUGCACUUCCAACGGCCAGUCAAUUGA